AUGUCAGAGUUCGAAUUAAUGCAAAUGAAAGAAGACGACACGAUAGACUCUUUCACCGCAAAGAUAAGCAGUGUUGUUACACGGGCAAGUGAAUUAGGGACAACACUGAGUCAGUUGAUUCUGGUACAAAAACUUCUAAACGCCGUCCCAGAUAGAUUUACUCAAAUGGUUGCAUCAAUCGAGCAAUACUCCGAUCUAGACACAAUGACGCUAGACGAAGCUAUUGGUAGAUUAAAAACGUAUGAAGAAAGGUUAAAGUUGAAGAAAAAGGAAAGCCUCGUGAACAAUCUAGAAGAACUCUUGUAUGCGGGUCGUGGACAACAUGUUGGAAAUCGUGGACGAGGGAGAUUCCGUCCAUCACAAGGCCGAGGGAUAGGCAAUUAUCAACAUAGGGGUGAAGGACACACCUCUUACGAAUCGGAAGGAACCGACGAACCAUUAAAGGAUGAUAGUAAGCAAGAAACAUCGGUUAUGAGAGAUAAGUCGAAAAUCACUUGCUACAGAUGUGAGAAACUUGGGCACUAUGCCUACGAAUGCCCACCCAAGAAAACCAAAGAAAACGAGACACUCUUGGUCGAAAUGGAAGAUGAGAACCGGCACUUCUGUUGUGCCUAG